AUGAGCGAAGCCACAUAUCAGAUGCAAAUUGCAUCUUCCACCACACCAAACAUGCCUCUCAAGACCUUUGAAAUGUUCCCCCAACUCCCAGCAGAACUUCGUCUCCAAAUAUGGGAGACAUCUCUCUACACCACCACCGUCGUCGCAAUCGGCGAGUACGAUUCUCUCUCCCAUCGACAUAAACCAACUAAAUUAGGUACCGAAAUUGCCUACGUUUGUAAAGAAAGUCGAGCAGCCGCAUUACUGUACCUCAAGUCCUUCUACCUCACCAACAACAAAAGCGACCCCGUGAUCCUACUCAACCCUGACCAUCAUGUCGUCUACCUCACGGAUAACUUCGACAAUAAAAAAUGCUCAUUCAACACCUUGACUGAUUGUUCAGAGAAGCACAAUCUCAAAAUCUACGAUCAGCUGAACGACAGAACUAUCUUCAGGUCCAUCAAACACCUCGCCAUUCCAACACGUUGGUUAUUCCAACCACAAGAUAACCGAGACCAAGUCUUCGAGUUAAACGACUGUCUUAAGAUGGACUUGCUGUCCGUGAGUUUCGUGGUCGUCGCUGAUGAAGUGAAAGAGCGUGGUGUUGGCACGAUCGUCUCGCCUCGUCGCCCACCCCUAAAAGCUCACCAUUAUGAUUUCGCUCAUCGUCAACAGCAGGUUCCUGUCAGGCUUUUUAUCGAUACAGGUUUGAGAACGGGUUCAGUAGGAAGUUAUAGGGAUGACGCAAAUCUGUUGACGAUGAGGCUUGAAACUCAACUUAAUGAAGAGAUAAAGGAGUGGAAGGAUCGUGCUGAUGACACAAAACACCCUGAGAGAUUGCAAGACUGGAUCGCUCUCGGUCAUCGCGAUCUGUCGUCCUGGAAAGUACCGCACUUAGAGUUUGUUGACCUCAUGGUAACCGCACCUGGCUCACCUGACAAUGAUGACGGAUACGAGUAUGAUUUCUCAAAAGAGGCAGGCGAAAAAAGAGCAAGGGAGUGGGACGAGUCAGACGAUGAGGAUACGUCUGAGACUAUUGAUCGAGAUGUUUUUGCGCCGAGAAAGCGUAGAACACGAGGAUAG